AGCAAAAUGAUUUCACUGGCGUUCAUCCUCCUGCUCGCCUUCCUCUCAGCUGAAUCUGCAAGAAGCAGAUACCCCCCCAAGUCAUCAAGUAGUCCUGUGUUUGGACCACAGCAGGUAUAUGGUCUGCUCAAUGGGUCCGUCACCGUGACGUGCUUCUACCCUCCCACCCGAGUGAACAGACACGACAGGAAGUAUUGGUGCAAGGAAACAGUCAGAGGCUGCUUCACUGUAACCUCCACCACUGGCUACACUGCUCCACACUACCAAGGCAGAGCCUCCAUCACUGACAACCCACAGGAAGAAAACUUCCAGAUCAGCUUCUCCAAGCUUACAAUGGAAGACACUGGCACCUACCAGUGUGGUAUUGGGGUCAACAACAGAAGGCUCUCCCACAAAGUCAAUCUGGAUGUUUCUCAAGAUUCACAUAUACCCGAGGGAGCUGAGCUCUUCUACGUGAAGCUGCACAGCACUUUGACCAUGACCUGCAGCUUUGGGAGCGAUUAUGACAGCGAAAGGAAAUUCCUGUGCAAGAUGGGUAAAACCGGCUGCAUCGACAUCAUCGAUAGCUAUGGGAAGGUUGAUGAGGAUUACACAGGGAGAGCUCUGCUGAGCAACACGCUGGAUCCAGGCUCAUUCAGCAUCAUGAUCACUCAGAUGAGUUGGGAAGACUCUGGAUUGUACCUGUGUGGGGUCGGUGUCUAUGGGAAGAAUGGAGAAACAAAGGAACUGGAUGUGCACGUCUAUGAGGAAACUAGCGUUCCUCAAGGGAAGCCCACGGUAUUUGGAGUAAAAGGAAGUUCAGCAACGUUUGAAUGCCGCUAUAAACCUCGGGAACACUCCUCAGUGAGUUACUGGUGCAAGUGGAGACAGAACGGGUGUUAUCGGAUCAUAGACAACACCGGGUAUGUGUCAGGCUUAUAUGAAGGAAGAGUCGUCAUGUAUGACAACCCAGAUAACCAGACGAUCACCAUCAUCUUGAACCAGCUGAAAGACAGUGAUGAAGGCUAUUACUGGUGCAUGACAGACGAGGAGGAGGAGCAGAAGUCAUCAACAGAGCUGAAGAUCGUGGAAGGAGAGCCUGCACUGCAGGGAAAGAAGGACAUAGAGGCACAAGAGGGUUCCCAGCUCAACUUAACUUGCUCUUACCCAUGCCGGUACUACUCCUACCAGAAGUACUGGUGUAAGUGGAGCAGCACCAGCUGCACCCCUCUGCUUGCUUCCGACCAAAGGCAGCCAGGGCCGGGAGUUACGUGUGACACCGAUGACAAGACCGUUAUCCUGAGCUUUGACUCCGUGGCUAAGUCGGACCAAGGCUGGUACUGGUGUGGUGUGAAGCGCAAUGGGCUCUACGGGGAAACCAUGGCAGUGUACCUGUCGGUGACUGCAGGAGGCAGUGCUGGCCACAGCCUGGAGUCCCUGGAUGCUGACGUCCCCAGCAUUCCUGAGGAAGCUCCCCAAGGAAGAGCCAACAACGCUGCCUCUGAAAGCCCUAAUCAGAGCGGCCCCAAUAUACUUCUGUUAGUCCUCGCCCCUGUCGGUGCUGCACUCCUCAUCAUUGUGACAGCUUUUGCUGUGUUUAAAUACAGGCAGAUGAAGAGAUCUGACCUGGUGUCCGUUGGGAGCUACAGGACAAACAUCAGCAUGUCAGACUUCGAGAGCGUGAAGGACUAUGGUGCGAGCAACAACGCCUGUGUGAAAGAGACCCAGGAGACUCGCAUGGGAGGGGACGAGUUCGUCACCACCGCGGCCACCCCAGAAGGUGCUGCUGAGACAAAGAAGGCAAAAAGGAGCUCCAAGGAGGAUGCUGACCUUGCCUACUCCGCGUUCCUCCUCACCUCCGGCAGCAUCGUGCAGGGCAGCUCAGGGGGGGAUGCUGCUGCCCCAGAUGUGUCCCCCCACAUCUGAAUGUGAGGGACUAAAAGGCGAC